AUGACACCGCUCCCGACCGAAACCCGCCAGUGGCAGCUCGCUUGCCACCCUGUCACUUAUCCAAAGUUAGAAGGACCAGAUGCAACAUUUGAGAUCGCCAAGGUGCCGCUUCCAGCCCUCAACGACGGUGAAGCACUUCUUCAAACGAUCUUCAUCUCAAACGACCCCGCAGCACGCGUCUGGAUCACAGGUGGAGAGGCAAAGCCCCGAGAGUAUGUGCCACCCGUCAAGAUCGGCGACAAGAUGCGUGCGAGAUCCCUCUCGCGGGUGAUAGACUCCAAGGCACAGAAGCUCCCGGUCGGCACCGUGGUGUUGGCUGCGGGCGGCUGGGCAGAGUACUUUACCGCUCAUGAAGAUCAGUGCAUCGUAAUACCCCAAGAUUCUGAUUACGACCUGCCCCACUACCUUGGAAUACUGGGAGUCACUGGCUUGACUGCGUACUAUGGUCUUGUCGAAAUUGCUGCAACGACCCGCGAUGAUGUCGUCGUCAUUAGCGGCGCCGCGGGCGCAACUGGUAGCACAGCAGUUCAAGUUGCAAAGAAAAUCAUUGGGUGCAACAAGGUUAUUGGCAUUGCCGGCACAGAUGAGAAGUGCCGUUUCGUCGAGACUCUAGGGGCUGAUGUUUGUUUGAACUACAAAUCUCCGACAUUUUACGAAGACCUUUCAAAGGCAACGGAGGAACUUGCAGAUGUAUUCUUCGGUAUACAGAACCAACUCACUGCUAUAUUACCAAGGAAGUUCACUAACAAUCGAGGCGACAUCUUAGAUUUCAUGUUCACCCGCCUCCGUCAAGGAGGCCGAGUUGCAUUAUGCGGUUCCGUAUCGAGAUAUAAUAACUUGUCAGAAAAAGCGUCAUUCGCUCAUUUUGACAAUGUCAUCACCCAGCGAUUGAAGAUCAACGGGUUCGUGGUGUUGGAUUAUCUCAAAAAGCUCCCAACUGUUAUCAAAAUCUUCCAAGAGGCGGCAAAGGAGGGCAGGCUAAGAGUAGACGACGACAGCCAAACCUUGGUUCCGGCCAAGUUUGAAGAGAUCCCGGAAGUUUGGGUGCGCCUUUUUGAAGGCAAAAAUCAAGGAAAACUUGUAACCAAGCUGCUCCUUUGA